CAACAAAAACAAACGUCAACUCUGAGUAUGUGUGUGUUUGUGUGUGUGAGCAGCUGUAAUUAGCCAACAACCAGCCAAACAAGCUUGAUAAUUUUGUUUUCUUUUAUCGCUUUUAUUGCGAUUCCACCUCAAACUACAUUACACUGUACGCCGUCCAAAUGUUCAUUUCAGGUUUAAACGUCGAAGAGGCCAGCCAUUGGCUCAAUAUCUCUGCUCCACAGUCUCAAUAACGUAGUGAACAUAGAACAUGAAGCUGUUAGCACCGUUAUUAGUGCUAUUCGCUUUAGGAGUGCAGCGUUCCUGCUCUUCCGGCGAUGACCUCAUAUACGGUUACGAGUGUCAAAAGAGUAGAUGUGUCAAGGUUGAGUUAGACUCACAGAAUUUUCAAAAAGCAAUAAGUCUACCAGUAUGCCGAAUCUUCUGUAGUGGCGAUGUACCUGGCACCAUCUGGCCACGCCCGAGUGGCCUUGUCGAUUUCGAUAGUUACAUGUUGGCAGUGGAUCCCAGUAAUAUUGAAUUCCAUUUACCUACCUUAAGUAAACAAAGUCAGCUUUGGACAGCCAGCAAAGAACGCUUUAUGCAUUUGCUCUAUGCCGUUGUACCGAAUAAAAAUGUGUUGAGAAAAGGUGGUCGUCCGCUAAUCGUGUCGGUGGAAUUGACCUCAACUCUGGAUGAUGUUGUACCUAGACUAACUUUGGAUACCGAUGAAAGUUACGCAUUACAAAUUAGCUCAGGUAAUGGUAGUGUAGCAACAGCAACAAUUUCAGCCAACAAUUACUUUGGCGCACGUCAUGGUCUGGAGACUUUGUCGCAGUUACUUGUAUACGAUGAUAUAAGACGUGAGAUACAGAUAUUGGCACGUGCUAAUAUUGAAGAUAAGCCAGCUUACAAGUGGCGCGGUUUGCUUCUGGAUACAUCGCGUAAUUUCUUUAGUGUGAAAUCCAUUAAGAGAACCUUGGAUGCUAUGGCCAUGGUGAAGCUCAAUACAUUCCAUUGGCACAUUACCGAUUCUGCUAGUUUUCCUUUUGAAGUGAAAUCCCAACCAGAACUAUAUAAACUAGGCGCCUAUUCACCGCGUAAAGUCUAUAGUCAUGAAGAUAUAAAGGAUAUUGUUGAAUACGGACGCGUUCGUGGUAUACGUGUGAUGCCCGAAUUCGAUGCACCCGCGCAUGUUGGUGAAGGUUGGCAACAGAAGAAUAUGACUGCAUGUUUCAGAGCUCAACCGUGGAUAAAUUAUUGUGUGGAGCCGCCUUGCGGUCAAUUGGAUCCCACCGUUGAGGAAUUGUAUCCAGUAUUGGAAGACAUAUAUCGUGAGAUGUUUGAACUCUUCGAUCCCGAUGUUUUCCAUAUGGGUGGUGAUGAAGUGUCGGUUAGUUGUUGGAAUAGCAGUGAGCGUAUACAAAACUGGAUGUUACAGAAAGGUUGGGGGUUAAAUGAAGCUGAUUUCAUACGUCUUUGGGCACAUUUUCAAGAUGAAGCUUUGAAACGUGUCGAUGCAGUCGCACAACCCAACCAGCCGUCCAUUAACUUAUGGACUAGUCACCUUACUAAAGUGCCUUACAUUGAUGAAUAUUUAGAUAAGGAACGUUACAACAUACAAAUAUGGACACAGGGUAAUGACAGUGUAAUACAGGAGAUUUUAAAACGCGGUUUCCGCGUUAUAAUAUCAAACUAUGAUGCGUUAUACUUUGAUUGUGGUGGUGCGGCCUGGGUUGCAGCUGGUAAUAAUUGGUGUUCGCCGUACAUUGGCUGGCAGAAAGUAUAUGACAACAAUUUGGACACAAUUGCUGGCCAAUACAGAGCUCAAGUUUUAGGGGCAGAAGCGGCCAUUUGGUCAGAGGAAAUAGACGAGUACACUUUGGAUUCGCGCUUUUGGCCACGUGCCAGCGCCUUUGCUGAACGGUUAUGGUCGAACCCUAGCGAAUCAUGGACUUCAGCAGAAGCACGUUUGCUUUUCCAUCGUCAACGUUUAACAGAUUACGAUAUUGGCGCAGAAGCUAUGCAGCCUGAGUGGUGUUUGCAAAACGAGAAUGAAUGCCCGAUUAAUGCGCUCAAUGCAAAAUUUUGAACCUUCAAUUGAUACUUAUAUGCUUUGUGAUUACAGCAAUAACAAUGACCUCAGUUUUUGCCAUUAUUUUGUAUCGUAAAAAUGUGCAAUAGAUUAUACAUACAUAUGUAUGUAAAUAUAAAUAAAAUAUGUUUUUUUUUUCGAU